CGCUGGGCGGAGGCGGCGCGGGGGGUGGGAAAGGGCGCCGCUGUUUGGAGGCCGGAGCGGGCCCGGGAGGCUUUGGCCGUCAUGGCGCCGCUCCACUUCAGCCGGGAGCCGGUCCCCGAGUCGGUGGGCGGCGACGUGCACAGCCUGAACCAGCUGGGCCUCGAGCAGUUCUCCGCGCUGACGGACGUGGUCUUCCGCCUCCUCCUCGAACCCGGAGAGGUGGAGAGGUUUCUGGGUCAGCUGUCGGAACUCGCCCUGGCCCAUCAGCUCGGCCUAGGACAUCUCAAGAGCCUGACGAAAACCCUGCUCCUCGUGCCCCAGGGGGCUUUGAAGAAGAAUAUGACGGCAGAACAGAUCAGAGAGGACUGGAUCACGCUUGGCCUCACUGAAGAGAAAGCCAAAUGCUUUGCAGAUAAGUGGCAGCGGCUCGGCCCGUCCCUCGCCCGGCUGGCGGCCGGCCGGACCCUCGCCGUCAACCAGCUCGUCGACAUGGAGUGGAAGUUCGGAGUGACGGCCGGGAGCAGCGAACUCCAGAAGACGGGAAACAUCUUCCUGCAGUUGAAGCUGGUGGUGAAGAAAGGCAACCGGGCGGAGCCUCUCUAUAUCGAAUUAACCCUGCCACAGUUCUACAGUUUCCUGCACGAGAUGGAGCGGGCCAGAGCCAGCCUGGAGUGUUUCGGCUGAUCGCCCCACACGGGACCGCCCCAUCCUCCGACCCGGGGGGCGGCCAGAAGGUAGCCCCCCGCCCCCUCGAAGCCCACCAUUAAUCACGGCCCACCCCCCAAAUUCAACCUGGAGGCAGGGUCGGCCUUUCCCGGGGCUCCGGGGAGGAGGACCGUCCCCUUCCAACCCUUCUGAGACGCAACGCAGUAAAAAGGGGAACCUUCUGACCUCAA